AUGUCUGAUUUGAGAGAUGCUGUACGAUCUUUACAGUUAGAGUACUGGUAUAUCCAUUUAGUGUAUCAUAGAAACAAUAACCAACAUAAAAAGACCCGUUGGUGGCGGCAAUUUAAUAUAUUUAAAAGAUCGAUUAAUAAGAUACUACAACAAUUGGAUAGGAACAGCGGUAAUAAGAGGAAGAAAGAGGAUGUCAGUUUACAGAAUAUUGUGGAGAGACCAGAGGUCCAGAAAUUAAUUAGGAAAUUUUUAAAGUUCCAAUUACCUUCUAUCUACCGUGAAUUCCAAAAUGUUUUAACUAUGGGGCAAUUUGUUACAUUAGCUGUUGUGUUAAUUGGUUUGUUAGCUAGAUGUCGUUCGUUAUUAAUGAAAUUACAAUCAGAAAACAAAAUAGAAGUAAUUGGAGAAAGAGAAAGAGAAAUAGAAUCUGUAAAGAUGAUAGAUGAAAUGAGAUCUUUAAAGAAAAGUGAUGAAGAUCUUGGAACGGAAGUAAUAAUAGAAGAGGAAGAACAAAAACAAAAACAACAACGUUCGAUAGAAACUAAAAUUGUUGAUCAAGAUAUUGCGACUAUGGAUUUGGUAUACAACACAGAUAAGAAGAGGAAUGAGAAAAGUAAGAAGAAAAGUAAGAAAAAGAGUAAGAAAAAGAAGUCUGCAAUAGAUGAUAUUUUUGGAUAA